GUUGAAGGCCACGCAAUAAACAAUUCUAAAAUAAUGUGACCAACUUCCAGCUGAAAACUACCUACCACCCCUUCCCCCCCCACCUCUCUCUCUCUCUGCCCUUCUCCUUCACACACACACAGAGAUGAGACGACAGAGAAGUAUUCAAUUUCAUGCGUGCCUCUCGAAUAACAAGAAGGAAAAUUGAGAACCAAAAUAAAAACGUUAAAUACAAAAAAGAAAAAAAAUAAAAAAGAAAAAACAGAGGACAGGCGUGAUCUUAAAGAAAAAUUGAAUUUUAGAAUUUAACGUCGUCCACCAACCUAUCUAAUUCAUCUAACAAGCCUUCUGCCUUAAACAACUUCGUCACGUUUCGGCACCUUCUCUUCUUAUCAUACUUUCCAUCUAACCACCAACAGAAUUUGCCUCUCUUGCUGCAAACUAUAGCGCCUAGAUUAUUCCCAAAUCCUAGGGUUUCUGUUCCCAUUCUCAGAAACCCUAAUUCUCGCUUUCCUCUCUCAACGAAUUCAGUUGGGCCUUUUCCAUCUACUUCCACGAUGUCGAGCUUGGAGGAGCCACUUGGUUUUGACAAGUUGCCUAGCAUGAGUACUAUUGAUCGGGUUCAAAGAUUCUCAUCUAGUGCUUGCAGGUCUAGAGCAGAUGAUGCGGCGAUGGGGAACUGUUGGAUUGAAGGAAGAAGUUGUAGCACAUCCAAUAGCUGCAACGAAGAUUAUGAAGAAUAUACAAGAGAGGCCUUUCCAUGGAAAAGACAUACAAGAGACAUUUCCCGUGGUGACUCCUUCAAUCAAAGGACCUUGAGCUUAGGCAGGAAUCACAGGGUAUUUGGAAAUAUUUGUGAUUCAUGGUAUUUGUCAGAUCAAUAUGAGUCCAAGUGCAACGACAAAGAUAUAACAAAUAAGAUUUUGAAAGGUAUACCAAAGUUUGUAAAGAUAGUAGAAGUUGGUCCAAGGGAUGGACUUCAAAAUGAAAAGAAUAUUGUAUCUGCAUCUGUAAAGAUUGAAUUGAUUCAUAGACUGGUAUCUUGUGGGUUGUCUGUUGUUGAGGCUACAAGUUUUGUAUCACCCAAAUGGGUUCCUCAGCUAGCAGAUGCAAAGGAUGUAAUGGAAGUAGUUCACAAUUUGGAGGGUGCUAGAUUGCCUGUGCUGACACCCAAUUUAAAAGGCUUUGAAGCAGCUAUUGCAGCUGGUGCUAAGGACAUAGCAGUAUUUGCAUCAGCUUCUGAAUCAUUUUCAAAGUCGAACAUCAAUUGUAGCAUUGAAGAAAGUCUUGUUCGUUAUCGUGCUGUUACUCGUGCGGCAAAAGAGCUUUCAAUUCCUGUUCGAGGGUAUGUCUCAUGUGCCAUUGGAUGUCCAGUGGAGGGAGCAAUUCCUCCAUCAAGAGUGGCAUAUGUAGCAAAAGAACUUUACAACAUGGGCUGCUUUGAAAUUUCUCUUGGUGACACAAUUGGGGUUGGUACACCUGGGACGGUUGUCCCCAUGCUUGAAGCUGUGAUCGCUGUUGUUCCUGUUGAGAAGCUUGCUGUUCACUUCCAUGACACCUAUGGGCAAUCUCUUUCAAACAUUCUUGUAUCUCUUCAAAUGGGGAUUAGCAUAGUGGAUUCCUCUAUUGCGGGUUUGGGUGGGUGUCCGUAUGCUAAGGGAGCUUCAGGUAACGUUGCCACUGAAGAUGUUGUAUACAUGCUUAACGGACUUGGUGUCAAAACCAAUGUGGAUUUGGCGAAACUCUUGAUCGCUGGGGACUUCAUCAGCAAGCAUUUGGGCCGCCCCUCUGGUUCAAAGACUGCCGUAGCUUUGAGCCGAGUUACAGCCGAUGCCUCUAAGAUAUAAGAUAGCUAUUUCAGGAGUUAUUCAAGAGGAAAGAAGGGUGCUUUGUUCUUACAUGGAAUGCCCAUGAUCUUCACGCUGCGCCACAGUAGGAAUAAACACUUUUAAGUCUUGGAUACAAUAAUUAAUUUUUCAAAGGCACAUCAUAUUGUGUUCAAUAUGAAGUUUCCAUCUUUGGUUGUAUAAAGUUUAAAAACGUGCGGAGGAUUUCUUCUGUUAGAAAAUAAUAGAUACAAAAUCUUCCUUGUAAUCUUUUUUCUGCUUAAAAAAUGAUAUAUAUUUAUAUAUAUACA